GGGCGCGGCUGACGUUCAGCAGUGUUUCCGGAAAGAUGGCUGCUGUGGACGCUGCUGAGGAAUCGGUAGCGGUGGUGGCGGCUGUUGAGGCAAAAGCAAAGAACGAAGAGGAGGAGGAAGAGGAAUUGCUGCCACCAUGCGAGGCGGUGCGCUGGGCCCCAGUAGGGGCGGUGGCCGAGACCGGGCCUGGGGUGUCUGCAUUUUCGGAAGAGGCGGCAGCCGAGGAGCCCGGCACGGCCCGGGGUUCCCCGCCGGACUCGCCCAGCUGUACCUUGCGGCGGUUGCGGGCCGAGCGGCGGCGGCUGGAUUCAGCGCUACUCGCGCUGUCCUCGCAUUUCGCGCAGGUGCAGUUCCGCCUGCGCCAGGUGGUGCGGGGAGCACCGGCGGAGCAGCAGCGCCUCUUGCGCGAGCUGGAAGAAUUCGCCUUCCGCGGCUGCCCUCACGUCCUGGGUUACGAGGGGCCCGGGAACCCUGCCAGCGACGAGGGCGACAGGCUGCCCGGGGACCGGCCACGGUUGCGGGGCGAGGACCAGAGUGAGCGGGAAAAACAAGAGCGUCUGGAAACCCAGAGGGAGAAACAGAAGGAACUGAUAUUACAGCUCAAGACUCAGCUAGAUGACCUGGAAACAUUUGCCUAUCAAGAGGGCAGUUACGACUCCCUGCCUCAAUCUGUGGUCUUGGAAAGACAGAGGGUGAUCAUAGAUGAGUUAAUAAAGAAACUGGACAUGAAUCUGAAUGAGGACAUCAGUUCCCUAUCCACUGAAGAGCUUCGUCAGCGUGUGGAUGCAGCAGUGGCUCAAAUUGUCAACCCAGCCCGAGUGAAAGAACAAUUGGUUGAGCAACUGAAAACCCAGAUCCGAGAUCUUGAGAUGUUCAUCAGCUUUAUCCAAGAUGAAGUAGGAAGCCCCUUACAGACAGGUGGUGGACAGUGUGAGUGCAAGGCCAGUGGGAAGACAGGAAAUGGCUCCACCAGAACAGGCAGCAGCAGACUGCCUCCAGGAAACAUCAAAAUGAAGACAGAAGAUGUGAAGAGAGUCCGGGAGACAGGGCUACACCUGAUGAGAAGAGCGUUGGCUGUGCUCCAGAUCUUUGCUGUUAGCCAGUUUGGUUGUGCCACAGGCCAGAUCCCUCAAACCCUAUGGCAGAGAGGCCAGGCCGACAGAGACUACUCCCCCUUACUGAAGAAGCUGGAGGUAUCAGUAGAUAGAGUGAAACAGUUAGCCUUGAGAUACCAGUCACAUGACCAUGUUAUCACCUCUGCCAACCUCCAGGACCUCUCUCUGGGAGGCAAGGAUGAGCUGACCACGGCUGUGCGGAAGGAACUAACAGUGGCUGUGAGGGACCUGCUGGCCCAUGGACUCUAUGCUUCUUCCCCUGGGAUGAGCCUUGUCAUGGCCCCCAUUGCUUGUUUGUUGCCAGCCUUCUCCUCAGCCCCUGAGACCAUGCAUCCCUGGGAGCUCUUUGUAAAGUACUACCAUGCUAAGAACGGCCGUGCUUAUGUGGAAUCCCCAGCCCGGAAGCUGUCCCAGUCCUUUGCCCUGCCCGUUACGGGUGGCACUAUUGUGACCCCCAAACAGAGUCUACUGACAGCCAUCCACAUGGUGCUGACAGAGCAUGACCCUUUCAAGCGCAGUGCAGACUCAGAGCUGAAAGCCUUAGUGUGCAUGGCCCUGAAUGAACAGCGUCUAGUAUCCUGGGUGAACCUCAUCUGUAAGUCAGGAUCACUCAUUGAACCACACUACCAGCCCUGGAGCUAUAUGGCCCACACAGGCUUCGAGAGUGCCCUCAACCUGCUCAGUCGCCUCAGCAGCCUCAAAUUUAGCCUCCCUGUGGACUUAGCCGUGCGCCAACUGAAGAACAUCAAGGAUGCCUUUUGAUGAGACUGCCUGGACAGCUCCUCACUCUGUAGAUGUGUUAGACUUCUAGAAUAAGAGAAAGUGGUCUGAGGAGGGAUGAAAGACAUUUUUUCUAUACUCUGCUUAGGUGGCCAGCAAAAUAUUUUCCCUCCAUCAAGUUAGUAUCUUGGAAAGAUGUGCUGGAGACCCUCUUAUUUAAAAGGUUCUCACAACUGGUUGCGGUGGCAUAUGCCUAUAAUUCCAGUGACUCAGAAGGCUGAAAUAGGAGGAUCGUAAGUUCAAGGCCAGCCUUGGCAACUUAACAGAGACUCUGUCUCAAAAUAAAAAAUGAAAAGGGUUGGGGAUAUGACAUAGUAGCAGAGUGCCCCUGGUUUCAAUCCCCAGUACCAAAAAAUAAAGUAAAAUAAAAAGGUUUUCAGGGUCAGAGGUGUGACUCAGGGGUAGAGCUCCUGCUUAGGAUAAACAAGGCUCUAGGUUAGUUCAAUAAAUAAACAAAAUUUUCUGUCUCAGCAUGCACUGCAAUGUACAUGUGGGCAUAUGUGUUUGAGCCUUUGUAAAAGGAAUCAGGGCACACAGCUAAUGUCUCAACUUAUUGUGCCAUAUCUGAGAUUUAGAAAACUUGGGUUGCUCUAAUCAUUCCAUGGCAGUAAGUAACAACAUGAAUGAAUUGUUGUUUCAGAGAUAUAUUUGUGUUGAGACUCCUGUUAGUCAAGUUGGGAACUAUCUUCCUUUAUAUGAAACAAGUUUGAAAUUUAGAAAGUUUAGGUCAAGAAUUUAAAUUCUUUUUACAAAUAUUGAUUCCUCUUUCUUCCUGAUUCCAAUAUCAGAGAAGACUGUAUAUUCCAAGGCUUCCUGUAAAUUUUAAGAAUGUGAAUAUUUAAGAAUAAUAUUUCUCUCUCUCUCUCUUUUUUUUUUUUUUUUUUUUUUUUAGUACUGGGAAUUAAACCCAGAGGCACUUUAUCAUUGAGCUAUACCCGCAACCCUUUUUAUUUUUUAUAUUAAGACAGGGUCUUGCCUAGUUCUUGAGGCUGACCUUGAACUUUUGAUCCUUCUGUCUCAGCUCCAGAGUAUCUUGAGAUUAUAGGCAUGCUCUACUGCACCUGGUUGAAAAUAACUUUUUAAAGGGAGUUAACCACAAGUUAAUAUAAGCCUCUUUUCUUGAAUAGUAAGAACUGAAAUCUUCCUGAUAAGGUAGUCCUCAUAGUGCAAACAGGGUUUUUUUUUUUGUUGUUGUUUAUGAGGAAUGGGAACCCACGUCUGAUAUUAUGUCCUCUAGCAAGUACUUUCUUCUGUGUUCCUCUCAAUAAGACUGACGGUCUGUUGAAGGAAAUGUUUUCAAGAUAUACUUCUCAAGAGAAUUCUUGCUGCUCAAAUAUGUAUAGGAGUAGGUAUCAAUAACUAGGGGCUAUGCACCCUGGGUUGUGAAUCUCUAAGCACCACUUGUCCUGGAGGCUAAAUGAUGGAAGAGAUCUGAUCUUGCAGUGAGGACUGCAUUGGGGAUUGGAACUAUGGCAGAUCACUGUUUACAGACCAGUGUUUCAUUAUUAACUGACUCUAGAGUGGUCCUUUUGGGUCUUCAAUAUUUUAGCCUUUUUAGUUUCUCUUUCAUUCAGCUUGUGGUGGGUACUGCUCCAGGACUGUCCAAAGAUGGGUAAAAUAUAUUGCUCCAAACACUAAA